AUCAGUGGCUCAAUCAGCAAUCAUUGCCACAACAUUGCUCUAGCUAGCUAACUGUGUUUCAUCAAGUUCGUCAACACUACUGACCAGCGAAACAAGAGACUCUCUGCAGCAUCAGUAUAUUGAUUUCUAAAGUGCAACAAAGUCAAGGCUUCUAUAAUGGAAGGAUGGAUACCAGAUGGUUACCCUGUGACCCGCUACCAUUAUCACGAGGACAAAGUCGAGGAUCACCAGAGAAAGCAACCUGCGAGUGCGUACUCAUCAUCUGAGCCCGGCUACUACAGGUCCCGCAGUGCAUCCACACCCGCCAAGUACGCUGUGAAAGGGGGCGUGGCUCCAAGAGAGGGAACAGAGGAACAGCGAGGGGAUUAUAUGCAGGACAGUGGUGGCGGAUAUGCUCCUGAUUCAGCAGAAUCUACGGAUGCUGACAACAUUUAUGAUUCCCAGACACAUACGCGGUACAAGAAACGUGAGCCGCACUCCCGAAGGCCGCCCACCUCCACACAGGCACAGAUUGCUCAACUGGAACAAGAAAGGACUUCACUCAUCCAAGAGCUCAAUCAUGCGAGUCGUCUGAAAGAAGAAUUCAACAUGCAAAACUCACUUCUUCUCCAGAAAAAUCCCACGUCUGUCGAGUAUGCCGAGAUAAAGCGUACCAUUCAGCGUAUCAUAGAGGACAUGUACUCGACCCUCGGCACACCUGCGGACUACGCCCUACGAGAGCAGGAGUGGCGUCACAGGCUACUGGAGAUUGAGCAUCGUCUAGGCUCCUUCCAACAGUCUCGUUUCCAACCCGUUAGCUCCCCCGAGAGCAGUCAGGUGUCAGGUCGUGAUGGUUCUCACUGGAGUAGCCCUCCUCUGUCGUACACCUCCUCCGUGGAUGGGUACAACGACUCACUCCCACCACAUCCUCACAGCAUCACAGACUCGCUCCCUCCACACCAUCACAGUCUACACCUCCGCCCACCACACACGAGUGAGGACAGCGGCUUCAUUGACAAGGACAGUGACGUAACAGGCUCCUCCCACACGCCUCACAAGAGGGCACACCUCCCCACCGAGGGACACUUCCGCGAGAAACAGAUGCCUGAAAUGCCUCACUUCUUGAGAAACCCUCUGAACCGUUCAGCCUCAAACGACGGAGAUUUAGCUCCCGAACGAAACGAGAUGACGGAAGCUCUCGCUCAAGUCGGUCGUACUGGCCCCUCCCACCGUCGCCGUGCUACCAUGAGUGGGCAUAUCCCUCUAGCAUCACUUAGUCAAGAUCACUACAGCGACCACCACUACAACUCGGGCCGUCAGUACGGUUAUCAGUCACCGAGCCAGCUCUCACUAUCACAGUCCUCCCACGUCCCUCGUUACUAUGAGGACCCGUACUACCAUAACCGCAAGAGGGGAUCACCUGCUUCGAGCAGCGACACGAGUAGCAUAACCUCCGAUGUCCGCCACAGACUGGCAUCGGGACCUGGUAGCAUGGUCUCGUUCCAAGGCUCUGUUCUAUCAACCUCGACCAACUCCUCCCUGAACUCGUCCCGUUCCGGAUCAAAGGGGGUGCUCCCUCGGCCAAGCCUGUCCAAUUCCAGUUCCUUCAAUACCAAACCCACUUUCUACACUUCCAUACCGGAGUACCCGCCUCGCCAUGCAAAGAGCGAGAUUGGAUCGUUUACACACUACAACUCCCGCGGAGGGCAUCCCAGAGAGUUCGAUUCCGAUCAUGAAGAAGAGACGGUUUCCAUGCCAGUGCUACCGACCUCCUCGAAGAGUGCAUCUAUCGUUCCUGCCAGAGUGGCCCCACCUCCUCCAGGUCACCGUGGCAACGGCAGCGAGAAUCAGCGGCCAAGUGAAGUACACAGACGCAAGAAAAGGACGGACCACCCUAAAAUUCCCGAAGAGACGAGCCGAGAUUCGUUACAGAUUAAAAUCGAAAUGGUUCUGUCGGUUUUGUCCGUCGUCAACUCGAGCAGCAAGGAGCAAAAUGAUGCUGAUGCCGUGAAAUUCCUUCUCGCAUUGUCACGUACUCCCGAUACGUGUGCAGUCAUGCGGCAACCUGGCUGCAUGAACAUGCUCAUUCAGAUACUUCACAACAUUCGCCACAAAGGUGAAAGGUCACAUCGUGAGGUUCGUGCACGUGCGGCCGAGACCCUUCGAAACAUCAUCCAAUCAACUGGCGACACACGUCAAGGGAAACACGAACUUUGUGUACUGGGGGUCCUGGAGAAAAUCCGUUCUCAUUGCGACACACUGUUCGAGUUUAUUGCUUCCCACGAGGGCAGCCGCAGAAUCGACCCGUCCACUCUUGAGAAGAUCCAAGUCGAUUGUCGCGAGCUACUGCAGCCAAUCAGAAAGCUGUACAAGUAUUCGAGCGACAAAGAGAAGUACAGACCAGCCAUACUGAAUAUUGGUGGGCUACAAGCAACAGCCGAGGUACUGAUUGUCAAUUUCCGACUCAUUGCUUUUCAAGACCCGUAUCUCAGACAGGAAGAGAAACCAGUUUGCCAUUCAUCGAAAAUCAUCACGGUGAUUAUCUCAACCUUAAUCAACCUGACGUACGGAGAUGUACACAACAAAUCAGAGCUUUGCAAAGUUCCCGAUUUUCUCAAGUCUCUCGUCUUUCACAUAAGGCAGCAAAACGAGAGCAUAAUUGCAAGCUCGGCUCAAGUGCUCAGAAAUCUAUCGUGGAGGGCUACACCCGAUAUCAAAGAAGCACUGCACAAGUCCGAGACGGCAAUGGCGCUCACAUCAGCUGUCAAGUACAUCUCCGACGAGCCCACCAUCCAGUACACGACCUCUGCCCUCUGGAAUCUCUCCGCCCAUUCCCUUGAGAGUCGGCGAAGGAUUUGCUCCACUCCACACGGUAUCUACCACCUUGUCGAGCUUCUCUCGUACAACAGCCCCUCGGGCACUUCUGCUGUCAUCGAAAACGUCGGUGGUAUUUUGAAGAACCUCUCUGUGGUGAUCAUGCAAGAGGAGAAGUUUCGACGAAAGUUCCGUGAGGCCGGUGGAUUUGCGAAACUUGCCCAACAUCUUAAAUCCAAAAACAAGACCGUUCUUGCCAAUGCUACGGGCACUCUGUGGAAUCUGUCCGCACGUUGUCGUGAAGACCAGAGGUUGCUAUGGACACUCGGAUGUGUGCCACUUUUGGACGUCCACGCCACUUCAGAAUAUCGCAACAUUGGUGAGAAUGCACGUGGGGCACUGAGAAACCUCCUCGCUUUUGGCCAACAGAAUGGCUACUCUAGCAAGUCAGAUGUGGACGGAUACAACUUGAAAACGCAGCAAGGUCUAUCGAAAUCUCUAUGCUAUGCGGCUAACUACACUUUCGGGCAGCCCUCCUCGGCUCAACAAAAGCACAGCAGUGAGUCUCUACACAGCCGAAGCAGCCAACUUCUUCCCAGUCGAUCCAAAAGCAACGGAUCAACUUUCUCCCUCACACAACCUAUCAGAGUUGAACAGCGUCGCUAUGACCACCAGUACCCACCAGACGCUGAACUAGAGUAUCCCGUUGUUGCCGCCUCGAAAAGCAAAAACAAACUGAAACUUUCACGAAUCCAAUCUGCCCCCCAGGCAUCCAUCACCAACGAGGAUGAGGAUACAGAUGAGUGGACUAGCUACAUGCCUUAUCCGGAUCGCAGUGAGAGAGUUCACUCUAAGCCCUAUGCCGACGAACCACCUCGCCACAAAAAGAAGCAAUCAAAGUCGUCCCGAAGCAGCGGAGGCCACCCCCCUUAUUCUUUAUCUCAGACCCUCUCCACCAACUCUGAUUUGCAAGUGAGCAUGAGCUUAUCGCCUAGCCAACUAUCAAACGAUGCUAUCUCCGGGCUAACUGCCCUAGAGGCUGGUUUCGACCCAAACACUCCUGAGAGAACUCACGAGGUGUACGCUGAACUGGACCCGUUGGACCUCGAAGACGAAGCUGACGAUAUCGAUCGGCCAAUCAGACGCGAGGAACACUCGUCAGCCGCAGAUCUAUACCCAUCACCUCGAACGCCACGGCAACACGAUCUCCAGGGGUCAGGAAAGGUCGGGGGAACAGGGAAAUUGGCGCUGGAUGGUUCGGUAAUUCGGGUGAUUGAGCACGGAGAAAAACGCUGAACACAAAAGAGUGAACUGUUUUAUAAACUGUGCCAUUAAUGAUUGUUUCUAAGCAACAUAAUUACUUUCUUUGUCAGUUGCAUGUUACAGUACACCUGUGUGUGCUUAUUAUUAUUAAUUUGUCUCAGAGUUUUAUUUCAUUUCAUCCGAUAAGUGACUGUACUAUUAUAGAGCAUGUAUGUAUGUGUUUUUUAUUUUAUUGCAAGUGCUAUUCUUCAUAGGAGCAAUAAUUUGUGCAACAAUUAGUCUCGUCAGACUAUGCAACAAUGUGUAUGUGAAAGUAUGAUGAUUGUAUAAAAAGUUGUUAUUAUUGAGA